AUGGAUUAUCCAGGGUACUAUCAACAUUUUGUUAAACUGCAAGUUACUAAACAUUCAUUUUUAUUUACAGAAAACACCGAGCGUGUGGAAAUUUCUUUGAAAAACGAGGAACUCUGGAACUCCUUUCAUAACGAAGGCACCGAAAUGAUCAUCACCAAAGCUGGAAGACGAAUGUUUCCUUCGUACGACUUGGUGCUCAGCCAGUUGGACCCCAACGCCCAUUAUUGCAUCGGCUUGGAGUUCAACCUGGUCUCGCGUUGCCGAUACAAGUAUUCAACUGCUGGUGGAUGGGUGCCUGCUGGCACUGAAGAAGCUCAAAGUGUGCAACGCUUCUAUCUACAUCCAGAUUCACCAGCCACUGGGGAUUACUGGAUGAGACAACCCAUCAGUUUCCAUAAAGUCAAGCUAACCAACAACCCAUCACCACCUUCGGGACAAAUUGUUUUGUCCUCCAUGCACAAAUACCAACCAACCAUCAUCAUUUCCAAGACUUCCGACCCAAGAACAAUGAGGUGGUCUCCGAUCAACAGUUUUACCUUCCCUCAAACGCAGUUUGUCGCUGUAACAGCCUAUCAAAAUGAAGCCAUAACCCAACUAAAGAUUGACAACAACCCCUUCGCAAAAGGGUUCAGGGAAAACGGCCACUCCAAGACCAAAAAACGUAAGCAACAACAACCGGAUCAAGAACCAAAGGACCCGGAGUCCCCCAAAGAUAAAAAACUACCCAGAGAAGAAACUUCAUCACCCGAAAUCGUCGACGAAGGUCGCCUCUCUCAUUCAUCGCGCGAAUCGUCACCUGAAUUGAGUUCAUCGCCAAUCGAGACUACGUUUUAUCCGCCAGCAAUUCAGCCCUUCCACUCAAAUUUGUACCAUCCAAUGUACUCUCAGGCGUUCUAUCAUCACUCUCCCUACUAUUAUCCUUAUUCCCUGAACGUGUAUUCACAUUUGGAACCUGGAUACGUCAGGGAUUUAAGGCUGAACAGCAAAUAUGAGGAGAACACGAGGAAACUGACGGAUUUCUCGAUUCGGGCAAUUUUGGACUCUGCGUAGAAUAUCUUUAGUUGUUUGUUUUGUUACUUCUGUAAAUAUUGUACAUAGAAAGAUUAUAUUUAGAUUAUAUUAUCGAAUUGAAAAGACUGUUCAUGU